AUGGCAUCUUCUAGUUUCCCCUUUCUUGCCCUUCCUCCUCCUGGCAGGGAUUCUCCAUCAUUUUGGACAAUUUGCCCCUUCUGUCAUUACGCUCACGAAUACCUGAGGAAGUAUGAGAAACUUGAUCUUUGGUGCCAAAUUUGUGGCAGAGCCUUCCGUGCGAUACCGAUGGCUUGCGCACCGCUCGUCGUUCCUGGCACACAAUCUUACUACUUUGGGCCUUUUGGAUAUGGGGGUUAUUACUCUGCCAGUCCAGGGACUCCUUGGUGGCCCUUCUGCCCUCCUCUGCCCCUACCCAUGGAACCUUAUGGACCCCCAAAAUCUGCCCAUGUAACACCACCUGAGCAUCAAAUUCCAUCAACUACCAAUCGGCAACCCCACAACCCACUGCCAGUAUCUGAAGCUAAUGGAGUGGACUCGUCCCACAAACUGGUUUCUAGUACGAAGAUAAGGUCUGGUGAGAUUGAGGUGAGCAGCAGAAAGCGAGACCAUGUGGUGAACAAGGAUCAAGUGAGAACUGAAACAAGGAUUACACGGUCUCGGAGCGAACGGGUUGCAACUAGAACGAGAUCAAGGGUGCACAAAUAUGCAAUUCGAACUGAACCAAAGAUUAGACGAUCAAGGAGCAGUUCGGUUUGUCAGCUUGUACACCAACACGCGGGGCAGCUUUCUAGCUCGACUAAAGCAUUAGCAAUUCAAGGAAAUUUACCUGAAAAGACGAGGACCUUGCUGGUGAAGAAGGCUAAGAUGGAAGUCCUCAAGAAUCUUCCUGAGCAUCUUGAAAUGGAGAGAAAGUUGGUUCCCACUGGUAAUGUCCUAGCUCGUUCAUUAGCCACCACUACAGCAUCAAUUACUACUAGAGCUCAGAAUAGGAGAAAAGAUAGGGUGGAACAAAAAAUUUCAAAUCUAAACUUUUUGAAGUCCAAGAAGACUCACAAGGGAUCAAAAGGGAUAAAAAGUGCUGUGAGUGAGAAGAAAGAAGCAUCAAAUUAUAAGACACACUGUGGUGAUCCUGGGGAAGGGGAAUUACGUGAAUUAUUCCACGAGGGUUGCGAAGACAUUGUUCCUCUGGAGAAAUUUGAUGGAUCAGUCUCUACUUCCUUAAUUAUUGAGAUUCCAGACUCUGACUUCUAUAAUUUUGAUGAUAACCGGAAUGAGAGCACCUUUGAAGAAGGACAUAUAUGGGCAAUAUAUGAUGAAGCAGACGGGAUGCCUCGCAUCUAUGCUCGGAUUCAGAAGGUUAUCUCACGUAAGCCAUUCUUUGUGCUGUUGAAUUGGUUGCAAUCCGUGACCGGUAUGAAUAAUUCAUGUGGACAAUUCAAGAUCGGAAGGGGCACAAGCUGCGAUGUCCUUAACCUUUUCUCACAUAGGGUGACGUGGGAUAUUUCACCAUUUACUGGUGACAUAAGAAUCCAUCCAAAGAAGAAUGAGGUAUGGGCAGUCUCUUAUGUGGCCACUGAACAUGCCUCCCUCCACCAAAUAGUUGAAAUACUGAAUGAGUACACAGAAGAACAUGGCGUUUCACUUAUUUCUCUUGCUAGGGUUUCUGGAUUCAAGUGUGUGUAUCAAAAGCUGCAUGAAGGUCUAGGUGGUUUUGCCUCUACGUGGUCUUUAUCAAAGGAAGAUCUGCAUAAGUUUUCACACCAAAUUCCAGCUAUAAAAAUUGCAGAAGAUAUUCCUGAUGUGCCUGGUGAUUGCUGGGAGCUUGAUCCGGCUGCCAUUCCAAAUUGUCUUCUUGGAGCAUGA